AUGGCGUCUUGGCCUUCGCUCGUGGCUCAGCCGAGGAGAGGGACGGCCACAGCACCCAACACAGCACUGAGUCUAAAGAGCCGACAUCAUCGACAACGACGAGCGCAGAAGAUGUGUGUGGUUACGAUGAUGGAACAACGCCGCGUGCGAAGCAACGAAGUCGUGGCGAGCACGACUGGACGUCGCUCUCGUGGUGGAGAUGCACUUAUCGUAUCUCGAGCCAUUUCCAUGUCUCCUGGUUCUUCGGACGAGAACGACUCCCAGGAGAUGGUGAACAUCCGCGCCCAGUUUUCAAAGGUGGUGGAUUCUUCGAACGAUGAAGAGGAUAUCCUAAUCGGUGGCAGUCGAGAUUCGACGACGGCGAGCGGCGGGAGAGAGUACUCCUCGGAUCCAGAGAACACUGGAAGCGCGUCGACGUCUUCAACAACGAAUUCUAUCUCGUCGUUUAUGCAAGAAGGCGGCGUGUAUAACUCGCAAAUCGGAAAAGAAAAACCAUUGAAAAUCAACCAAGACUUACUCAUCGAAGAAGCGAAACGGAUUCGGAAUCAAUCGUUGUACGCGCGAACGCGGAAGGAACGGAGAAAACUGAGAGAUGCGGCGAUCGAGACUUUUAAGAGGGCGAUGGUGUACGACCCUGCGGACGGGAGAGCGUACGUCGGAAUCGGUAAAAUUUACGUGCAACAAAAAGACUACAACAAAGCGAGAGAGGUGUACGAGAAUGGAACGAGAGCGACGGGAUCGGAGAACGCGUACUUAUGGCAGGCGUUUGCGACGUUGGAGAAGAAAGCGGGGAACGUGCAGCAGGCGAGGAAGUACUUCGACGCGGCGGUGAUUGCGAAUCCGAAGCAUGCAGCCGCUUGGCACGGAUGGGGCGAGUUAGAACGAGAGGAAGGUAACUAUCAAAGAGCGAGGGAUUUGUUCUUAAAGGGAGUGAUGAAAGUGCCGAAAAGUGAUGCUUCGGCGCAUUUGUAUCACUCGUUGGGUCUCAUGGCGAUGGAGAGAGGGAGAUACGACGAGGCGAGGAAACAUUUCAGAGACGGGGCGAACACGGAAAAAGGGGCGAAGUCAGCCGCGAUUUGGCAGUGCUGGGGUUUGUUAGAAGCCGAGUGCGGGGAGAACGAACGCGCGAGACAAUGCUUCAAGAAAGGUUUGGAGGUAUGUCCGAAGAGCAAGUACUGUUGGUUGGCGUGGGGUCGAUUCGAAGCGAGCAUCGGAAACAUUCAAAGAGCGAGAGAGUUGAUUCAAAGAGGGGUGAGAUUAAACCCCGCGGACCCAAGUUUGUUGCAAGCGUUAGCAAGAUUAGAAGCGAACGAUGGAAAUAUUCGCGUGGCGAGGCAAUACUUUGCCGCCGGGACGAAACUCGAUCCUUCGCACCAACAAAAUUGGCAAGCGUGGGGGGUCGCCGAGUUCAGAGCUGGGAACAUCGAAAAAGCGAGGGAGUUGUUUCAGCGAGGCGUUUGGAUUCGUCCGGAAUCGAAAGACGCUGCGGUUGGUUUACAAGCAUGGGCGAUUUUAGAGCGCAAGGUAGGGAACAUUCCGUUAGCGAGAGAGUUGUUCAAAUGUUCGGUGAAAGCCAAUCCGACGAAUGCGAAAUCGUGGAUGUCGUGGGCACAAAUGGAAGAAGAAAUCGAUAACAUCGCGAGAGCUUCCGAGUUGAGAAAUCUUUGCGCUCAAGAGAGAGCGGAGGAGGCUAUUGGUAUGACAGAUUUGUCUCCGGCGAGUCUUGUCGGAUUAGACGCAACGAUUCGUCCGAUUCUCAAGCGUUUAUCGUCCUUGUUGAAAGGCGAAUCAAGCACGGGUGCGGGCGAUACAAUUACGCGAACUGACGAGAAUGGUGACUUGUACGAAACCGAUUCUUUUGUCUGGGCCGGCGACGAGCUGUUGUUUUCGAACGGAAGUGGAAGCGAUGACGAGGACUACGAGGACGACGAGUUUUGA